AUGGAUUUAUCUUCUGCCAAAUGGUUAUCUGAUCUGGGAAUGGAUGAGUACGAGAUCAUUCAUCACUGCCACAUGAACUCACUGGCCGAGACAUUAACAACUGAUGUAGCAGAUAUUACAGCACUUAAUCAAGUUCACUCCCAUGGCAGCUUCGUUAAGCAAUCAUUCUCAUCCGAGAGUUACUCAUCUUACCCUACUUUCAACAGCGCCAACGAAACCUCUCACAACAGCAGCUUCGAGAGACCUGCAAAACAGCUCAAGAUCACAGCCUGUACCACCAAUAGCUGGAACUCCACCACCACUGCAUCCAAAAACGAUCGCGUUUUGCCGAGGGCUUCCUCUUCUUCGUCUCCAACGAAGACCCCUCAUCUUCUUUCUUUCGAGAACUCAAGCUCGAAUCAUGAUCAUCAGCAGCAGUUCUAUCAUGGGAACAUGAUGAACUGCACUGUGAAACCUAAAGACGAAGCCGGUCUGUCCCCCAUGCGGCCACCUUGUUUGAUCUCCAAUAGUGGAUAUUGUAACGACAACACGAACCAUGCAGGAAAAGUAAACCAAGGAAUGAAAAGGGCUUAUAGUAAAAUCCAAUCACAUGCUCAAGAUCACAUAGUAGCCGAGAGGAAGAGAAGAGAAAAACUUAGCCAGAGAUUUAUAGCUCUUUCUGCAAUUGUUCCUGGCCUCAAGAAGAUGGAUAAAGCUUCUGUUCUUGGAGACGCAAUAAAGUAUGUGAAGCAACUUCAAGAGCGAGUGAAAGUGCUGGAGGAGCAGACAAAGAAGAGAACAAUGGAGUCGGUGGUUAUGGUGAAAAAAUAUCAGUUGUCCGCAGAUGAUGAUUCGUCUUCGUGUGAUGAAAAUUUUCAUGGUCAAUGCUGCGAUGCAGCACUCCCUGAAGUGGAGGCCAGAGUUUCAGAUAAAGAUGUUCUUGUUCGUGUCCACUGCGAGAACCAAAAAGGGAUUCUGGUGAAAGUCUUGAACGAGAUAGAGAAGAUUCAUUUGUCCAUCCUCAAUAGCAGCGUCUUGCCUUUUGGGAACUCCACUCUUGAUAUCACCAUAAUAGCUCUGAAAGGUGAUGAAUUCGAUAUGACAGUGAAGGAUCUGGUGAAGGACCUGAGAUUAGCUUUGUUGAAGUACAUGUGAUCACAAGUAGUCUAAUUCUCUCGAGAGAGCCAGG